AUAGAGUUAUCCUUCAGCCCACGGAGGAGAUCGCACCCAAAAUGUGAGAGAACUACGCUACUUUUCCUCAUCUCACUUUUCGUUCUUCCAAUCGAUCGCCUUUUGCUCUCAUUUGUUUUGGUUUCAGAUGCAUCUCACUUUUCGUUCUUCUCCGUCGCAGUGGACGCCGCCAAAAGUGCCGGAGAGAUUAUUCGCGAGGGGUUUUGCCAGACGAAGCAUCAUGUGGAGCACAAAGGCCAGGUGCGUUCUUCCUUUUCGAUGUCAUCCUGGAUCUCCACAUGUUCUUUAGUGCCUUGAUGCCGCCCACCUCCUCACCCAUCUUAUUGAAGUCGCCUUCGACGCUCCAUGUGAUAAAUCCGAGGAGGAGAUUCUUUUGAAGGCUCUAUUUUGCCCUCACAUUAUAGGACUUCUUUAUUAUAUAGGAGUGCGGUUCUCAGAGCAGAAGAUCAAUGAGCUCUCUUCAUCAAUCUAUGAAUUUGAUUCCAGUCUAAUUACAAAAAAAGUUCAAACUUGUCAAUCCCAACAGUUCCUCUUUAUGCAAAUCAAAGUGAAUGUCCUUUCCCUAAGUUUACAAAAAAAAAUCCCUUGGCAGCCCUAAACUCCCAUAGUUCAUCCCGCAAGUACUUUCUCUCGCUCUUCAGUUCACUAAUAUAUGACGCACUGAGACAUUAUUGAUGAACUGCGGAGUGAGAGAAAGAAAUUAAGGAUAAGCUACGGGAGUUCAGGGCUGCCAUGAGAUAUCUUCUUGUUAAACUUGGGGAGCAAGUAGAGGACAUUUACUCUGAUUUGCAUAAAGAGAUGAACUGUUAGGAUGGACAAGUUGAUUUUUUUUUAAUCUUAGAGAUGAGUUAGACGGGAAUCAAAUUCAUAGAUUGAUGAUGAGAGGGUGCCGACGAUUUAAGGAUGAGUUACCCAUUUAUGGAUGUAAAAGGGAAAUUCUUUCCUAUUUUUUUCCAAUCAGUUGUGAAAGCGAGCUGCUGCUGGUGUUGACCGGAAGAAGACCUCGAGUUAAAAACCAGGAGAAUGAGGGGGUGAGCUGUCCCUAUUGCCGGAAUAGCCUGCAAAGAGUAAAAGAGUGAAAGAGGGGUUAGGACGGAGAUCAGGCUGCCCCGGUCGUCUCCUUCGACGCUCAAGUCAAUUUCCGGUGAUGUCAAGAAUGAAGAAGAUGAAAAGUGCAUGACAUGAUGAAUUGAGCUGCUAGCUUGGGUGAUGAUUUUAUUCUUAUCCUACAUAGCUAGUGCCAACUUUUGGUUUUCUAAUGUUCAAUGAAUGCGCUAGACUCUUAUUUUAGCUAUUGCCCAUUUUGUUCUUGCGACUUUUAGGAUUUCUGGUACAUUUAUGCUUUCCAAGGUCCUCUUUACAAUAUAGUAUCUUUAGAAUCAUGGACUUCUUUGUCAGUGCAUGUUCUGUCUUUUUUUUUCUUUUAACAGGUCGUAGUCUUGAUUGGAGAGACUGGCUCAGGAAAGGGUACUCAGUUGGCACAGUUUCUUGCUGAUUCGGGAUUUGCUGCUCACAAAGCUGUUGUGUGCACACAGCCUCGCAAAAUUGCGGCAAACACAUUGGCACAAAGGGUUAGAGAGGAAGCCAAUGGGUGUUAUCCUAACAGCUUUGUGCUUUCUUAUCCCAGUUAUUCACCCUUUCAAGAAUUUAAAUCAGGCAUAAUAUUUAUGACAGACCACUGUCUCCUUCUACACUUUAUGAAUGGUACAAGUUGGGAUGACAUUUCAUGCAUUAUUAUAGAUGAAGCUCAUCAAAGAAGUUUGAACACUGAUCUUCUUCUGGCAUUGAUUAAAAAAGAGCUGCUUAAAAGGCCAGAAUUCCAUCUUAUAAUAAUGUCUGUGACAGCUGAUGCAACCAAAUUCUCAGAUUAUGUUUAUGGUUGCAACACCUAUUAUGUCAUGGGAAUAAAUUGUCCUCUGGAAAUCAAAUAUGUAGCUGAUGUAUCUGCUAGCCCUUAUGGUUCUACUAAUAUAAAGGUCUCUUUUGGAAAAUGUGCUUCAUAUGUCUUGGAUGUCCUAAAAAUGGUAAGUUAUAUUCACAAGACAGAAGAAGAUGGUGUUGUCCUAGCAUUUUUGACUUCUCAGAUUGAAGUAGAAUGGGCUUGCGAAAUCUUUACUGAUCCUACUGCUUUGGUAAUGCCUAUGCAUGGAAAACUUUCUGUUGAAGAGCAAAGAAAAGUUUUUCAGGUUUAUCCUGGCAAGAGAAAAGUUAUUUUCUGCACGAAAAUUGCUGAGACAUCUCUCACCAUCAAAGUUAUUAAAUACGUUGUUGAUUCUGGAAUGGUUAAACAGAGCAGGUUUGAACCUAGCACCGGGACUAAUGUGCUUAAGGUCAGUGCAUUCAGUCAAAGUUCUGCUAACCAAGGAGCUGGCCGAGCAGGUGGAACAGAACCUGGCAAGUGUUACAGACUCUAUACAGAGUCUGAUUUUCAUGCAAUGAAAAUACAUCAGAAACCUGAAAUCCGGAAACUCCACCUUGGUAUUGCUGUUUUGCGAAUCCUUGCUUUGGGCACUAAGAAUGUUGAUGACUUUGAGUUUGUUGAUGUUCCGUGCCCUAGGGCAGUUGAAAUAGCAAUUCAGAAUCUAAUACAUUUAGGUGCUGUCACACGGAAAGGUGAGGUCUUUGACCUUACAGAAUGUUAAUAUUUGGUGAAAUUGGGCGUUGAGCCACGGCUGGGGAAAAUAAUUCUUGAUUGCUUUGACUGUGGUUUGAGCAAAGAGGGUGUUGUCCUUGCUGCUGUAAUGGCUAAUGCUAGCAGCAUAUUUUGUAGGGUGGGGGUCUUCAACAAUGAUUUUGUUUUCACUUUUCAGUUCUUUAGUGCUAUGGGGGAAUGGAAGAUUUAACGCAUAUUCUUUCUGAGUUUUCAAUAGAGAGAUUGAUAAAUGUAAUCAUUAUGGAAUGCAGGUGGAUUUGGUCACUGAACUGAUAAGGCAUGUGAAGAACUUAUCUUCAGUCACCUUAAGAA